GCCUUUGAGCGUUCCCAUGUGUUGUUUCACACCCUUGUGUUCUCUCAUUGACAUCUUCAUCUGUCGAAAUCCGAAGUGCUCUUUGAAGCAGGCCUUGCAAGGUCAGAUGCCUAUAGGAGCUAAUCAGGUGAUGAUCUAAUCAUGUCGGAUAAAGAUGAUAUUGAGACUCCAGUGAUAACUGAAGCAGUCCCCAGCCUUGAAGAUGGGAACUCUGAGCCGGCCAAGAAUUCUGAGUCUGUUGACCAAAGUAUCAAGCAUGAGAGUAAACCAGAACCUGUAGUUUCUACUAGGAAGAGACCAGAGUCCAAACCUCCUAGUGACCUUGACACUUCAGAAGUUCUUCCUGUUCAAGCACCACAGGCUGCAGGCAAAGAGACUGUUUCCAAAGAUGUACCCCAGACUGGAUGGGGCUACUGGGGCAGCUGGGGCAAGUCCUUGCUUUCCUCAGCCUCCGCUACAGUAGCCACAGUGGGACAAGGUAUUACAAAUGUCAUUGAGAAGGCAGAAAUUUCCCUUGGAAUCCCUACUCCCAGUGAAAUUUCAAAUGAGGCCCAAUAUGCAACAGGGGAGACAAAUGCCAAAGAGAAUGAAAACUCCUCCCCAGUGACUGGACCAUUUGGUGUAUUCUCGACCAUCUCGACUGCUGUUCAGAGCACAGGAAAGACCGUUAUCAGUGGGGGUUUGGAUGCCUUAGAAUUCAUUGGGAAAAAGACAAUGGAUGUAAUAGCAGAAGGAGAUCCUGGAUUUAAAAGAACCAAGGAUCUAAUGAACCGGAAUUGUACACUAUCUCAGAUUUUACGAGAGGCGAAGGAGAUAGAAGAGCAGUUGACCACCAAUGAGGUUACUAUGGAAACGGACAAGAAAACUCAUUAUGGGCUACUCUUUGAUGAAUUUCAAGGCCUUUCACAUCUAGAAGCUCUGGAGAUGCUUUCUCGAGAAAGUGAAGUAAAGGUGAAAUCUAUUCUUAAUUCUCUAAGUGGAGAAGAAUUAGAGACUCUAAAACUUGAAUUGGAUCAACUGAAAGAAGCAUUUUCCCUAGAAGAGUUCUCUGAGGAAGAGGAGGAAGAGAAAAAAGGGGAUGAAGACUUUACCAAAGAGAUAACAGAGCUAUUUUCCCAGCUUCACGUCUCCUCCAAACCAGAGAAACUUGCCAGGGCAAGAAAUACAGCCUAUGAAUGGAUCAGGACAUCUCUGGAGAAGCCAUUAGAAGAGAAGGAAGGAGAAAAACAGUUGGAAGGAGAAAGAACUGAACAAAUCGAUAAAAAUUCAAUAGAGGACAUCCAUGCGUUUGCAAUCCGGAGCCUAGCAGAACUGACUGCCUGCUUUAUCGAACUGUUCCACAAAACAGCAGCUCUGGUUCUGCAUGGCCGGAAACAGGAAGUGACAGCUAUAGAAAGAAGCAGAACCCUUUCCCAGAUGACAGUGGUGCUGUGCAGAGAGCUGUCCUUGCUGGCUAAAGAGUUCACCACCUGCCUAACAACUGCCGGGGCCAAAGAAAAGGCAGACGUCCUUAAUCCGUUAAUUACUGCAGUAUUUCUAGAGGCAUCAAAUAGUGCUUCUUAUAUUCAGGAUGCCUUUCAGCUCCUCUUGCCUGUGCUGGAGAUCUCGCUCAUUGAGAACAAGACGGAGUUGCCGGACGAAUGAGCUGCAGGGCCAGAAGCCUUUGUCAGAACAUUGAGAACAGAGAAGAUUGACCUGAGACUUGUGAUGGCCGAGAAAUGCCAUUCUGUUUUGGGUACCCUUGCAGAACUGAGGGGGAAGAGUUCUUUUAGCCUGUAAAAAUUCAGGCAGGAUAGCAGUUUCACAGGAAGUUUGUUGCCCUCACCGUUUGGCUGACGUAUUCAGAUUCUCACACUAUUCUCCCCAGUUGUUUUAAUUAAUAAAUUAUUUGAAAAGAAACUUUUUAAAGAAUGUUAAAAAUAUUACCUCUAGCUAAAGGUUAGUGGGACAUUCAGGUAAAAAUAUCGGUCUUUUCUUUGAUGGUGCAGAACACUAACAAUUUUGUCAAGGAUACAAUUUUGUAGCCCAUGGAUAGGAUUGGUUGUUAAGCAAGAGAAAAAGUACUUAAUUUAAUCUGGAAUUCAUGUGCUUGAUCUGUUGAUGUCAUGCACUUUCUUUCUUUAAUAAAAUCUAUGGCUUUAAGAAACUGAGCAUAUAUAAACUCCGUGAUGAUUACCUUUUAUUACACAAAUUCUUGGAAUUGGUUAGAAAGUUUCAUCUGCUCUUUAAUUCUCAGCAGAUAGCUGGCAUUGAAGAGAAGCUUAUUGAAUAUACUUGUAGUCCCACGAAUUAACUGUAGCAAUAGCAAUGUGCCCUUUGGCUUCAGAUUGCCCUCCCACCCCAAAAUGACAAGCUCCAAGUUGUAGUUGACCUCCACUCAACUGGAUUCCAGACCAAGAGUGCCAUUUAGAGAAACAGUGUUAUGUUUGCAGGUGUUCUGAGUCUCUGCAGGGUGUUUUCCAUGCAUACAUGUCCCGUGUGCAGGAUGAACUCUGUAAGAGCCAGCUCCGGGGAGUGUGGAAGCGCUUUUAGGCAUGGGGUUUUGCUGUUCGAAUCUUGUUGAGGUGGACUGUAGAGUCCCGUAGAAAUGAUGUUCAUUUAUCACAGGAUUUGACCUGUUAGGUAUGGUAUAUUUUUCUCCAUUCUUUUGGUUUUAAUGUAUUCUUUAGCAUGUUUAUAAAUACAGCUUUAUUCUUUAGAUCUCCAGCCUCCUCUUUGUUCUCUUUGACAAUUUAAGAGACUAAAAGGGUGUCAUCUUUCUACAAGCUAUUUUGGCAUUCUCUUUUUUAGAAAGUUCUUCAACUUUGUGAUUUUUAAUGAUUUAGAGAACUUUUGUGAGUUCUGCCAUUCAUCUUCUAAAACCUUUAAAUAAAAUGAAAUAAUUGUUUCA